ACAGCAAGUUCAGGCAGGGUGUGUGACGGAGGAGAUAUGAGAAGAGUUCCCAAAGCAACAGGCACUCAGAACACAUAGAGAAGAUCAUCCAGGAACACAGAGACACGGCAGCUUUAAAGACAUAAAAACAACAGAGAGAUAUAUUGCAUCGCAAAGGAGAAGAGAAGGAGAGAAACAAAAGAAAGAGAAGAGAAGGAGAGAAUAAAAAAAGAAAAGAUGGCGAUCGGAAAGAGUCCCAGAAACGGUUCCGUCAGGUCUCCAAAGUACCUGGACAAGAGUUCUGGGUUCUACGGUCGCCUGGAUGAGCCCGAGAUGGGAGGAGAGGAGGAGGAGCGGGGGAGAGAGGGGGACUGGGGGGGAUCGUGCCCAGCCACAGAGCUCUCUACGGGGGGAGAGACGGACCGGGGAGAAGCUGGGGUGUUUGACUUCAACGAGGGAAUGAUGGAAGAUGACGACACCACUCUCCUCCGAAGGAAACCCAGCCGGCUCAGCUCCCGCUGGAGAAGAAGCUCCAGGAAGGCCAAACCCCAGGCGAUCUCCCCUAGGCAGGGGGACCAGAUCCUGGGUACGGAGAUUGAGGCCCCUGUCCUGGAGGUCACUGCGGUGGAAGUGAGAAGGAGCCGUUGGGGGAGAAGCACCGGGAAGAAACAGGGGGCCGAGCCCCUGACGGUCUCCCCCAGGGAGGAGGGCCCGAACAUGGGUACGGAGAUGGAGACACAGACCCCUGUCCUGGAGGUCCUGGAGGUGGAGGUGAGGGUAGAGACUGAAGAAGGACAGAGGGAGAAAGAGAGAACAGAAGAGGAGAGGACGCUGGUCCACUUUGCGAGCAGAGAAGAAGCGGAUGACCAGGUUCUGAUAAAGGACAAUAAGAGAGGGAGGGAAGAAGAGAAGGAGGAGGAGAUGAAGGUGAUGAGGAAGAGGAGCACGCUGAAGAACUACCGCAAGACUUUCGACCGAGCGUUCCGUCGAGGGUGGGAGACCUUCGUCACUAACCUGUACAGCGUGACGCUCACACCUGACUCAUCAUCAUCACCGCCACCAUCAAGGGAGAUGCACCAUUCCUCAGCAUUAGCAGAUUACAGAUAGGAUUCACAAACCUGUUCAUCUAAUCUGUAAACUGCAAUUGUUCCAAUCAGGUUAUGUAACGCCCAUAUUGUAAUUUGAGAUUGAGGCUGGCUUGGACAGAGCGUUCCGUUUGUGUUCUCAACGCAAAUGACCUGUGUUCACCUCAAUGUAUGGUUCAGUUGAUUAAUCAAUCAGUGAUAUUGAUCUAGUACAUAAUACGGGUUUAUCAAUGAUCAAUAUGAACAGCACCCGAUUAACACCAGGAAGUACACAAAGUUUAACUCAUUCUUAUUCUGAAUUCCAAAAUAGCACACUAUUGUACUAGUGCACUAAAUAGGGAAUGGGUUUAAUACUUCCUCACAGGGUGAAGUUCAUACCUCUCUGGAGGACCGUCUGCAGGGUGGUUUCAGUGUUGUACAACCUGAGGGAUAACGUAUGUUUCACUAUCCUUGUACCUAAUGAACGCAGCCCAAGAUGAGACCUGAUAACGUAUGUUUCACUAUCCAUGUGCCUAAUGAACGCAGCCCAAGAUGAGACCUGAUAACGUAUGUUUCACUAUCCAUGUACCUAAUGAACGCACCCCAAGAGUGUUAUGUUUGUUUCAUAAAAGGAGAACGUUUUCAUACCAUGAAAUUAACUAACUAUGGGGGGACAUGAGGGUACGAAAAAAACGGUCUCAAACUUUGGUCCUCUGACUUUGUCUAAAAGGAGGUUGCACACAACACACAUUUAAUACAUUAUUUAUUCAUGUUCAUUUAUUUACUAUAUGAUCAGUUAUCACACUCUUCUGUGUAAUCUCUCUCAAUAAUAUCUUACCAAAGAGUCUAUUUAUUUACUAUAUGAUCAGUUAUCACACUCUUCUGUGUAAUCUCUCUCAAUAAUAUCUUACCAAAGAGUUUAUUUAUUUUUAAUUAUUGGCUUAAAUCACAACAUAAUAUCUCUCUCUUGCAGCAUUGAAGUCAAGCUCAGGAUUAUAUGAGAGCUAUACUGAGCUGGUGGAGAAUUCAUUUUUUUCUGUGUUGCACUUUGAAUGACUAAAUUGUUAUAUUUAGUUUAAAAAUCAAUGCUUUGUAUUACUUGUACCAUCUUUGUAGCCUUUGUCCUUAAAUAAAAUAUAAUUUCUCAAAUAUA